AUGUACACCAUUCAAGCUGACUAUGCGGAGCGUGUCAUGUCUCCCGAUGAGCGGGAUGUGGAAGCUCAGUCCAUGACACUGCCUCGCAAGUCCUUGCUAUCCUCCAAACUUGAAGACGUCUGUCAGAUCCCUCUCGCCCGUCUUCCUGCCUUGGAUCACAAUCUUCCCCAAAUCAAUGCAGUGGAUAGUCCUGGAUCCGACUUCCACACUCGGCCUUCCUCACCCAGUGGUGAAUCCCAAAGCGGUGCCUCAUACAGCCUUCCAAGUGUGACGUCGCAUAGCAAUGUAACCUCACGUCCAGAGUCUUUGGGCUCCGUCAGGGGCAACAGCAGCCAGAGCUUUGGGGAUCAUGCUACGCAGCAGUCCACUGUUCUGACAGGUUAUACUGGGUUUGUUCUGUCUUCAAACCCAGAUAAUGAUGUUGAAGAUGCUAGGGCAGCCUUCGAUCCACAUGCAGCAAACCAUCGGGAAUUGAUCACGCCGAAGCCAUGGUUGGACCUCAUGCCCACAAAGCCUACAGACCAGGAUGAUAUCUCUGAAGACGACUGUCCUCAAUCGUCGGAGGCUCAAGUGGGAGGAUCGCCUGCUGGGGAGUUUAGCGCCUCUUCAGCACACUAUGAGGAGCAAGCCGAUCCAGGCCCCGCGUUUGAGGAAUGGAUGGAUUUGGUCACCACUGUCACGCCAAAGGAAAGACCCGAGGAUACUCCCAGAAAUCGAAGGCGAGGACGACGCACUAUUGUGGCGCAGAAGCACCUUAUGCAGGCAGCUAUCAUCAGUAUGAAUGGUCUCUGCAUCUUCAGCACAUGGUGGUGGUCGAGAUACUAUUACGUUCUAUUGCCUUUCAUUACUGCAACUGUUGCCCUGAACAUCAUCAUGAUUGUUUCUAUCGUUUUCAACGUUUUAAAGCGACUCGUCCUUCCAGAGAAACAAACCGUCCCGGAAAAACCAGAGUCUCUAGUGAUGGUCAUUCCUUGUUAUAACGAAACACAAGAGGAGAUGUUGAAGUCCUUGAACUCACUCAUCUCCCAAAAGAACAUCAGUCAACACCCGCGAGCUAUCAUGAUCAUCUGUGACGGCAAAGUUCGCGGCCCGGGCAUGGAGAAGACAACUGCAGAUUAUCUUUUUGAGGAUAUUUUACUCCAGAAGGACUAUCGAAUCCGCAUGCCCGCGGCUUACCUGGCCUGGGAUCAGCAAUUCAUGGACAUCGAGGUACAAAAGGGAUCAUACCAAGGAAUUCCCUAUUUCUGCAUCGUCAAGCAGCAAAAUCAAGGAAAACGAGACAGUCUCAUCGUGAUUCGUUCAUUUUUGUACAACUUCAAUGUUCGUUUUGAGCGACCAGAGACUGUCUUCACAUCCCCUUUCUUCGCUCACAUGGUUUCUUUUAUCAACAAGGCGGGAAUGGAUCGCGUUGAUCAUCUCAUCGGAAUGGACGCUGAUACUGUGUUUGACGACGAUUGCAUCAAUGAGCUUCUCUUGCAAUCGCGCUUUGAUCACGUUGUUGGCGUUUGUGGUUACGUGGCUGUGGACUGGAAAGGCGGCAACUUCAACCCGUGGCGCCUUUACCAGUCUGCCGAAUAUACUAUUGCACAGGGCUUGCGCCGUCUUCACCAGUCGGUCGCAACACACAAGGUAUCCUGUCUACCAGGUUGCUGUCAACUGCUCAAGAUCUGUGAGGAGACCUGUGGCCCGGAGGUUCUGAUCGAGAAAUUUGGUUACUGUCCAACAUUGACCGACGGCAUUCUUACUCAGAUCCGCGCCACCGCGAGCGAGGACCGUAAUCAUGUCUGCCAUAUGCUCUCUUCAAGGCCCAAAGUCCAGACCCGCCAGGCUUUGAAAGCAAAAGCGUAUACCGACGUUCCUGGGUCGUGGUCUGUGUUCUUGUCUCAGCGUCGACGAUGGACUCUCGGCGCUACGUCUAAUGACUUGUUCCUUGCCACUGCUCCGGGUGUGCAUUGGUUCGAGCGUAUACUCGCAGUGGUCAAUGUUUCCACUUGGUUCUUGAACUUGUUCAUUUUCGCCAGUGUGGCAAGCUUCAUUGUCGCAGCCACUAGCGUCCCUGUCGCUAUUCUAAUGGCAUUUGUCUCCGUGAUGCUGGUUCCCGUAACUUACUACUUGUGCAUUCCUCUGUGGUUGUGCUCCAAAUGGCUGGAUCGAGUACAAUUUUGGCUUGGAUGCUUGAUGUACAUGUUCUGCGGUCCUUUCCUGAACAUAUCCGUCCUGGUAUAUGCCUGUUUAUACAUGGACUCUUUCGGUUGGGGCAAAACCAGAAAGGUGAUUACAGAGAGUGAGCACGAGAAAUUGAGUCAGGAGAAGAUUGACCAUCAUGAAGUUCCUCAAGCUUUGGCUCAGGCAGAAGCACAGUCGGUGUCUAUCUCGCUGGCGAAACCACAGCCGGCUUUCAUUGUCACCCCCAGACCUUAG